AUGUUUUGGGAGUGUCAUGUUGUUACAUCUUCAAUUGAUAAAUUACUGGAAUUGCCCAACGACGAACGAAAACUGCAAAAUUUCCUCGAUGAAUCGGACUUGAUUCAAGAAUGUCUCAAUCAAAACAAACUUUUGCUCGACUAUCUCGUUCAAGGCGAUGUUAUGCAAGAACUCAUUCGUCAUGUUAUUACUGUUCCAUCUGAUGCAAAUUAUCGCUAUGCGAAUGUCGUCAGCGAACUCUUAUCCGGAGAUUUCCAACGUGUCCAAGACGCCCUGUUAGAAAAAGAACAACUGAACCUAUUGUAUUCAUUCCUAUUAUCAACCGAGGAGCAAACAUUGAACCCUAUCCUUGCAUCUUACUUUACUCGAAUUCUCAAUACGUUAAUCAUACGGAAACCGAAUGAAAUGUUGACUUAUUUCAAAUCUCGUCAGACAUUCAAAGAGGACUUCUUUCGUCAUCUGGAUUCGACCUCAGUUGCCGAUAUAUUAUAUCAUUUAAUAUCGGAUUCGGGCGAACAACGUUCGGACGUGAUUAAAUGGUAUGAAGAUAUCAAUUUAAUUGACGGUCUUAUCGAACAAUUACUCGUCGCUGAAUCAAAAUCCAUUCAGAUUAACAUCACAAGUUUACUUAGUGAACUUCUACGUUUAGCAUUCGAUCAACAAAUCGGGAUUGAUUUCGAUGCAGCUGGACCAUCGUUAUCUGCAACUAUUGAACGAUUACUCUACGGGAGAACGGACAGUAGUAAUCAAGGAACAUUAUCUGCGCGACAUUAUUCAUCGAGUAGUGAUGAUGAGAAAAAGUCGACAACUGCGGACAACGAAGAGAAACUAACACCAGUAGUGCUUGCUCAGCAUAUCUUAUCGAAAUACAAUCUCGAACGAAUAUUUGAUACAUUAUCCAAUCGUCCGAUUCUGGUCGCAGUCGGUUGUGAAUUUCUUGAAAGUAUUCUCGAUCUUCUCAAUCGCCAGAUGCCUGUGCCCAUCUGUAUUUCAUUGGCAUCGAAUAGAGACGAACCAAUGCAGGUUGACGAUGAAAGCGAGACAUCACCGGUAAACAAAUCAGCUGAGAAUGAAACUGCUCUAGCAAAUCUUGCUAAAGAUCCACUUGUUCGUAUUUAUUUUACACUCAUUGAAGUGAUUCCAUCUCGCUUACCAUCGUUAAUUAACUUACUCUCUUCGAUGCCGUCACAGCCGCUAAUCUCAACAACGAAUGAUAAUUCGUCAACAGUAAAGUAUCAAUUCAUCCACGAACCACUUGGUUCGACACGUUUGAAUCUAAUCAAAUUCUUUUCAAAAUUAGUCUCAACAAUCGCGAAUGAUUAUUUCGGUGAUCAUAUCUAUGAAAUCAUCAAUAAAAAUCGUCUCUUUCCUAUUUUAAUCGAUCUGUUUCUUCGCCAUCAGUACAAUAAUUUUUUGCAUACGCAAGUUUAUUUCACCAUUCGUUCGAUUGUUCAAAACAGCUCAAUUGCAGUCAAACAAUCGACCGAUCUGUGGACACGUUCGAAAAUCGACAAAAUCGAUCAGUAUUCUGAAUCUUCGCCAUUCCACUAUAAAAAUCGUUAUUUAUACAAGUUAUUACAAUCACUUUUGAAUCCAACGGAACUGAAUUUGUUCGAACGGUUAUUUGAUCAUUAUGAAACAACGAAAUCGAAUACGAACAAUGAAAGCAACCGUUUUACAUCGCCAAAUGCAGGACACGUUGCUCAAAUCCUUCGUUAUCUGCGUGAUCACGCGUCGAUAUUCGAUAACUAUUCGACUGUCUUUCAACAUACAGACGAAAAUACGAAUUCAUUGGAACAACGCUGGCAAACUAUCCUUGGCCAACUUGGCGAAGAUGAAAAGAAAUGUCUAGCCAUGCAUCCGAAUGAACGUACAACGAGCAGUUUUCGCUCGACGACUUCAUCAUUUUUGACACACAUGGGCAGUGCAACUGAUAAUACCGAAGCAAGUCUCCGUCGACAAACAUUUCACAUGAAAUCCUUCGCUACGAAACCGUUGACAGAUGACGACGAAGAAGAUGAUGAAGAAGUCGAACGAUUGGAUAUCGACGACGAACUGAUGAAGAGUGAUCAAACAACAAAUGAAAAGAAAGUGACAGAAAUGAAAAAAAUUUCAUUUGAACCAGCGUUUCCCUUGCAACCCAAUGAGGACGAACUGUGGUAUCAAGCAAGCAACGAUGAGACUCAGACAAAAAAAACUUCGAAUAAUCCAAGUGAUGAGAAUAAACUGCCCACGCCUCCGACGUUACCGGAUCUAUUUGAAAAUCAUCGAAUGCAACAAGAAAGAGCUGCUACAUCUACAACGGAAACCAAUUUCGAACAAUUAUGUUCAAUACGAGUCAAUGAGAACAACAGUGAAUCUGGUUUUUUUCCAUUUCAAUCCUCAUCGACACUACGAGAUGAGGCGUCAGCGAGUAAUGAUUUCUUCUGGAAGGAUCGGCCGAUCUUUUUAGCAAAUAGUACUAAAAAUCGAUCGCCAACAUCAUCCGACGAAGGAAGUGAUGAUGAUCAUGAAUCCAAAACUGAUUUCAAUAUAUCCGAUGAUGAGAAGUACUUCGUCAAUAAUGAAACAAAACCGAUGGAAGCUGUCCAAUCAAACAAUAUGAUGGAUAUCUUUCGACGACAAUCAUCGAAUUCAGCUGAAACAAGUUCAAGAGUACCGAGAUCAUCGAGUACGCCCGAACGGCAAACAAACAACCCAGAUUUAUCUUUUGAUCGACAAGAAAAUGGAAAUGUGAACAGUGCGGAUACGGAGGAUGAUGACUUGGAAUUGCAAGACAAUUUUUCGUUUCUUAUUGCCAAAGGUAUGCUCAAACGACCGUCAUCGUCAUCGUCAUAG